UGACCGGCAAUCUUUUCUAACCUGCAUCCCUGAGUGAAUGCACUAUUGUACAUAUAAAUCAUUGCACUCAGGUUAUUCGUUCAUGCUCCUGCGAAUCUGCUCUAGAGCCGGAGGCUGGUGCAACAAGUCAAGGUCUGUCGAGCGUCCGUCGUGUCAACAGCACUGCCACAUUGUGCAAACAAUGUCUUGAUCUAACGGGUUGCCCACUCAGACACGCACCCGCUUUUCCACGGGCGUACAGUCAACCGUCGUCGUCUCCAAGAACAGCUCAACGGCUUCGAAGACAUUUGACACGACCGACGGACGACGAAGGUGCGACCUAAAAUGGCACACAAUGAUGAGGCAGCAGUUUGCUUUCGCAUACAAUUUCAGCGAUAACGCGUCCACAGCGCUGCGAAUCGAUGGCCAGUUACAAGUCAUAACUCAAACAUAACGCAACAUCGCAUAUCGGUUUCAGAGUUUACCGAUCGGAUAAUACACUAAAAUUACAAAGUACGGAAUGGUGCCGGUGGUCGCCAUUCUGCUGGCAGUUGGGUUGGGUUGCGUCGUUUCGACGCUGGGAGCCGAAAACGUUACGGAGAAGGCCAGCACUCCAGAGCCAUCCGGCAAUCUGCCAACGUUCGAGUCGUAUUUGGACUCGUACAAUAAAAAGUAUGUUGUUAAGUAUCGGAUCGAGCGCCGGAAGAAUGCUUUUGAGAAAAACGUACGAGCUAUCGAAACGCACAACAAAGAUUUUCAGGAGGGGAAAAGCCAGUUCCAGAUGGGAGUGAAUUUGUUUGCCGAUUUGGACAACGAAUUGUACAAAAAGCAAAUGGUUCGCAUGCGGGACACUAACCACCGGAAGAUGGACAUAGAGAUUGCGGACGAAAUGGUCGGAGCAGCGGGUGGAAUGCCGGCCAGUUUAGAUUGGCGCGACAAGGGCUUCAAAACGGGGUUAGUAAAUCAAAAAACCUGCGGUUCGUGUUACGCGUUCAGCGUCGCCUACGCAAUCAGUGGACAAAUCGUGCAGCGGCUCAAUCGUGUUGAGCUGGUUAGUCAACAGCAGCUAGUCGAUUGUUCUACAGUGGCCGGAAAUCAGGGUUGUGCAGGAGGUUCACUCCGAUACACGCUCAAGUAUUUGGAAAGCUGCGGAGGUAUCAUGAGGGAAAGUGAUUAUCCCUACACCGGUGCGGUAAGUGUCUUAAUCAAUCAUUUUCAGCUAUCAUUUCCAGUCGAAAUUGCCAAUCUGCGUAGCAGCGUUCAGAAGGUAAUCUAAACAUAAUUUCGAAUUCAUCGUAACAGCCAAUUUCCAAGAAUCAGUUUCGUUUUCAGUGAACAAAAGGCACCAUCAUCACCUAAUUAGAAAGAAAUCAACAAUUUGUUACAUGCAAAGCGGCCACAAAUCCGACUCGUUCACACUUGCUUCCGGUGCCCUCCAGGUCGUAUUCGACUGGCAGAAGUAGACAGUGGCAGCGAAAACCACAAAAAAAUAACGAGCCAACUUUUGCGUGCCACAAGACAUUCCACACCUCGUUCAAAGAAGCAGCCGCGCCGGAAAUUCCAGUAAACUUUGUCCUUUUCCGUGCUAAAGAGUUAUUUCCGCUGUAAAGAAGAAACAAACACUGCACGGGGAAAUGACACAAAAAAACGCCGACGUUAACUGUGAAACUAAUGGGUGAGCGGGUUUUCAUAACUGUAUUUUCCAACGAACAACCGUGACUCGGCGGAAAGUCGCGCUUCCAGUUCCAAUUUGCGCCAGAUAAGGGCGAGAACGUGGAAAAGCAAUUGCAACAAAAAACUUUUUCCCUUUACGUUCGCGUCAUUCGAACGUUUGAGAGAUUGCUAUCAGGUUUCGCAUGGAAUUGGGCCAAUGACUAAGUUUAUAAAUAGUUGGGGUAAAUUAUUGAGUCAUAUUUUUAACCCUUUUUUAAACCUGGGCUACAAGAGUCAAGUUCCGUUCGUGGACCUGGGCAACGGAAAGCGUUGUUGGAUGAGACAUGAGUCCUGGAGCAGUUUUUACUAACUUGAUAUACAGCAAAGAUUGACGUUGAUUUCAAAGGAAUAAAAUGUGACUAAAAAUUUUUUUCUCCGAUAAGUUCU